CCUUCAUCCACUUGUUCUUAUUUGUGUAACCAAACACACACCGAAAAUAAUACCCAAAUUUGUUCCAUCCCAAUUUCCAGCACCUUCUUCCUUCUUUCUUUUUCCUUUUUUUUUUUUUUUUGUUUUUCUGGAGAACAACCUGGGUUCUUGGAGAGCCCAGACCUGGGUUCUUCUCGGAGAACCUAGAUCGGGUUCUUGUUCUCCGGGUUCUCCAUUUCUCUCGACUUCUUUUCGGAUGGAUCUAUGGUUACUUUGAAUUGGCUGUUUGUUUUCAUGUUUCCAUGUUCUCCGUUUAUUUCUUUGGAAUCUGGGUUCUCUUGGUAAGAACACUUGCUUAGCUUCAUGCUCAGCCUCCUUUCCUACAGCUUCUGGUUUUCCUGCAGGUAGAGUAAGGGAUGAGCGUGCUUUUGGGUUGUCUAAAACUGGAAACCCACAAAACCCAAGUGGUCCCGACCCUAGCUUUUCCGACAUGGGUGAGGACGGAAUGAAGGUGAAGACAGGAUCUGUGGUAGUUCAAUUAAUUUUUGGUGUAUCGAUAGCGAUUGGCAAUGUUUUGAUCUUGGUGUAGCUAUUUUGGAAAAAAUGGAGGUUGAAUUGGCCUUCAUGACUAGGGAGUUCGAAGGAGAUAACCCAGAUUGGAGAAAUGGAGGUUGGAUUUGGAGAAAUGGAAGUCCGGGAAGGCCGAUUGAAAUGGUUUCACCAAAUUGGGACGAGUCUGUAGAGCUUGGAGGGAUUGAAAUGGAGGUCGAAUUUGGAGAAAUGGAGGUUGGGGAAGGCCGAUUGAAUUGCCUUCAAGACUAGGGAUUUCAAAGGAGAUAACCCAGACAAGCCAGGGAUGAGUUUUU